UUCCUUUCUUCACUCUUCAGAUUUUUGUACCGAUCAAUUUCGACCCCACUGCAAAGUCGAUCACAAGAUGAUGUUGGCCUCUAUUUGCCAGCUGUUGCUUGCCAGCAGCUUUGCCCUGGCAUCUCCUCUGGAGGAACGCGCAGUCAAGUCGGGCGUACAACUAUUUGCCUAUGGAGGCGGUCGUGAUGAUUCGAUGGGUGGCUUGCCCGUUUUCUAUGCAGACGGUACCGCAUACAUUGGUCAAGUAGUUCCCUCGGGUGCUUCUGUGGUCAGCAAUAUUACCAUGACUUGGACUUCGGCCUCUGAGGCUGCCGUCAUCAACUCCAACACCACCAGAGUGAACUGGGCGGCCACCAAGUACCUCUUCGUCGACACUGCUGAUGACGCAUUCGAGCCCCUUCAAAUUGUUGCCACGGCGCCCUCUGACGAUUAUACCAAUACCGGUUUUGUCUUCUACGGGUCCACUCUGUUCCGGAAGGCAGAUAGCGGCAUUUUUGAAUCUCUCUUCUAUGCCAAGGUUACGACUCAGGAUGGCUUAUACAAGCUCGCGUGGAAUGCAGCGGAAAAUGAUGAUGCGGAUGCCAUCCCGGUUGGGAUCAGAACUACCCCGCCAUCAACUCAUUUUAUGGGCCCCGAUGACAAUUCAAGGCUGUGAAUAUGUCCAUCAGAACAGAAGGAUGUGUUGGGAAGCUGUCGGUAUCUUCAGAAUUGUAAGGGUUUCCGGGACCGUAGUCUUUGUUUUUACUUUCAGUGGAAGUGAUAGGAUGUUUAGCAAAGCCGAUCAGAAGCCUGACUUAGUUCCAUGUGAUGAUCCCAAGUGUAUCAGUACCAUGCUUACGUUAGUUCGUCGCCUUGUUCAUCGAAGUUUCU